CCGCGUUAACGUCUCUCAUGCGAAUCAGAAUCAACCGAUAAACAUUACACACUCCGACGUGUUCUCCGCGAGUUAUAGUACACACCUAUUAGGUAUACCUACCUAUACACGGAUACAACACAUAUAAUAUUACGGUUGUCGUUUUGUGGAUCUGUCACGAACUUUCAAUGGGUCACGACCAACCUCACUCAUACGUUUGGCCUGCAGACUAUAACUGGAUGAAACCACAGCAUCAUGCUGAAGUUUCAACAGUAAGUCAAGUAAACUUCCCAGUGUCAUCAACAGAAGUUCUGGUGCCAUGGUUAUUAUCUAUGUGGAUGAUGGGAAAUAAAACUCCUACGGAUUACCCUAAACGUAAAGUUGUGAAAAAACCAAACAAAAAAAGUCGAAACGAAAACACGGGAUUUAAAGAUCGUUUUACGUGGGGGCAAAUAGAUCUGGAAUAUCCCAGUCAAGAUUCUAAACAAAUGGCCAUCAAUACCGGUGCAUUUAUUCCGGUUAACAAUCUACUACUGGGGCUGGAAGUGUGGAAGAACAAGAUGUUUUUAAGCCUGCCACAAUGGAGGCCGGGAAUACCAGUAACGUUGGCGUACGUGAAUUUGAACAGUCGCACCAAGUCCCCGAUGCUGAAGCCAUAUCCCUCGUGGAACUGGUACGCUAAUAAUAUGAACCGCUGUCAUGGUUUGGUGUCUGUGUUCCGGAUGGAAGUGGACAAGUGUGACCGAUUGUGGGUGUUGGAUACAGGUGCCAUAAACUUGGCGAACAGGGUCGAUCAAAUAUGUCCGACCAAGCUAGAUGUAUUCGACUUGAAAACUGAUACACACAUUAAGCGUUUUAUUAUCCCGAAAAAUCAAACGCUAAAGGAUUCGCUGUUUACGAACAUUGUAGUUGAGAUUCUCAAUGAUAAUUGCGAAGAUGCGUACGCUUACAUGUCUGAUGUAUUUCAAUAUGGAUUGGUUGUUUACAGCUACAAAGAGGACGUCUCUCGCCGGAUCAACCAUCCCUAUUUCUAUCCAGACCCGCUGUACUGCCAUUACAGCAUGGACGGCAUAACGUUCAACUGGAUGGACGGCAUUUUCGGCAUGUGCCUGUCUCCGGACAGCGGUGCCGGGCGACGGGUGCUCUACUUCCAUUCGCUGUCCAGCAACAACGAGUUCUACGUGCCCACCGCAUCGCUGCGCAACGGUACGCUCCGCGAGGGUGACAUCAUCGAGCAUUUCUUUGCGCUCAACGAUUCGCGGUGCGGACGCCAUCAGUCGUGUCAGUCGUCGGGCAUGGCGGUGGACGCGAAGGGCGUCAUGUACUACAACCUGGUGACCGCGGGCAAAGUGGGUUGCUGGGACACCGGACGUCCGUUUGAGUCGGUCACGCAGGGUCUGUUGUCCAGCGGCCCGACGCCGCUCAGCUUCCCCAACGACCUUAAGGUGGAUAAAGAGUCCGCGCAAAGGGUGUGGAUGCUCAGCAACGGGCUGCACAAGUAUCUGUACGGCAAAACGGACCCAAACCAGAUAAACUACCGAAUAAUGGUGGCGUACACGGACGAUGUCGUCAAAGGUACGGUCUGUGAAUCAACUGACCACUCUACAAUAAUAUAAUUAUAUAAAUUUGGACUAGAAAAACGGUUAAACCAAAACCGAAACAGGAAAAAAAACGAACACCAACUACCUAAAUAGUAGGUACUUAAAACCAACAUUUUAAUUGAAAAAAAAAUUUAAUUCAAACCUAAAACUAAAGUGAUUAUGUUAAAAAUAUAAAUGGGAAAAAAUAAAAAAUACCUCUACGAUUCUCGUAUUUGGAAAUAUAUUAUAUAUUAAAUAUAGGUAACAUUUAUGGUGUUUAUAUCCAUCUAAUUUUAAUUAUAAAAUUAUAAAAUACUCUUUUACACGAACACCGUUAAUAAACCGAAAUAAAUGAAAACCAGUAAUCAAAUCAUUUUUAAAAAAUAAAAUGAAAACCUUGAAAAAAAUCUAAAUUAAAUUCAGUUGUUGCCAAAUUUAGGACGACAAGACAUAUCUAUUAUAAUUGCUCAAUAUUAUUAUAUAUUUGAUACUUACGUAUAAAUAUUAAAUAUGCAUAUUAUUAUUAUUAUUAGGUAUAUUAUGUACAAUAUGUAUAUAAUUACACGCAAGUACAUUUAAACGAUAUUGAAAAGUAUCGACAGUAUAUUUUAAUAAUUUACAACUUUAUACGAGUGCCAAAUAGUUUUUCUGAGUAAGUAUGGGUUUCAAAUAUUGCAGCGAUCAAAUUCACCCAGUAAGCAAACAUACGGGUUACAUGUAUAAUUAAAGUAGCCAAUAGGAGGUACCUAAUAUUCUGCCUAGUCAACAUUAAAACGUGUUAAAUUUUAUUUGUGACAACUGAUGAUUGUUGUAAUUUUGUGAUAAAAAUAUCGCUUUUUAUACUAUAGUAAUUGAUUAUCAGUAAUCUAAUGGCUAUAAUAGGAAUAUUGAAUAACAAUCUUCGAAUUAUGUAAAAUAUGUAUAAAAGGUUUUGAUAAACGAAUAAAUAAAUUUAUUCCACAAUUUUAAACUUCUAAAUUCUUAUAGUUUCAUGUGUCUUAAUUUCUUAUGUUAAAAUAAUUUAGAAAUUAUAAUACAUGUAUAAACGAUUAUUAAAUGAAUACUAUAGAGAACCUUAUAUGUAUUAAAAUGGAAGUGAAUGGUGUUGUUGUGACGAUCUUCAGAAAACUUAUACGACGGCAACGAUCCAACUUCUGCCACGUGAGAGGCUCAAUAUUGUUACUUCAUAAUAUAUAUUCAAAUCUCUGCAAUCUAAAAUUGCUUUUAUUCACUCUUUGACUUAAAAAAUUGCAUGUGUAUUCAAUUAUAUUUAAUUUGGAUGUGACUAUAUGAGUGUAACUGCCGUUUAUUAUCUUUAACACAUUUUGAUUUUUGUGUAAUUGACCUUUUAUUAUAUAAGUUAUAACAUUAUUUCAUGUAUUUUAGUGUAA